AGAAGAGAGAUACGCGAAACUUUUGCGGAGAAGAGAGCGAGGAAGGAAAAGACUUACUUCAAUUUCCCGCCAUGGAAAAAGGAAAUCCCUACCAGAGUCGAUAUCAGUAACGCUUUAAAGGAAGUAUAUAAUGGAGAGCUUUGUGUAUUUAUUAGAGCUAUCGAACAUACUAGCUCAAUUGCUUGUAUUAACGAGAAAUUUGAGAUCUUUACGGACAAUCAAGCAGGCUUAUAUCGACUAACAACACCCUCAGGUCACUCAGGACAAGUAUAUCAAAUAAGAGCAACCAAAGCAGCUGAAGCUAUUCAAGCAAAAGGAGCCGAAAUAUCCCUAAGUUGGGUCCUAAGAUACUAUUCAGGUAAGGGAAACGAACUAGUAGAUAAACUAGUAGAGGAAGCAACCUUGAUACAAUCUACCUCAGUGUACUUGCUAGUAUUUCCCGUAUUCCAUAUAUUGAUCUGUAUGGUGAUACAUAUCGAUUUAUUCGAGAAUAUUUUCGUAAAUAAUAUCGAUCUAAAGAUUACUAAAGAUAUUUAG